AAAUGAGAAGUUUUAUAUUGAUUUUAGAGACAAUUAUUAUGUUUCAGUGAUUUACUGUUACGUGAAGCUUACGAAUUAAUAUUAUUAAUAGUAGUAAUAAUAAGUAAUAAAUUAUAAUAAUAUCUAUAAUCAUUUAUUUGCAUACCGUGUGCUCAACAUUUUUAUAUGACUUGCGUUUUGGUCUUAAAUAUUGAAUAACUAAACCCCAAAACCAAUCUGCGGUCAAAUGUCGGAUCUGUUGUUUGAGUUGAAUCUAACAGUAUCGUCAGCCAAGUUGUCGGGAACGACCGCUUUCUUUAAGCCGGACCCGUAUGUGGAGGUAGUGGUGGACGGGGGCACACCU